AUGGCAAUGAUAUCAAAAAUCGACAAUGAUGACAUUGAAGAUCCAUCUCAAUGGCAAUACGUCAAAAGACCAGCAUAUGCACAUCCUCUGCGCCUCAACGCUUGGCAUCGAACCCGCGGAAAAAGAUGGGCGGUUCGGCCACAUGGCGUCUUGCAUGGCGGCAUUGCCUCGCCGAACGGAGACCCCGAUGCGGGUCAUCAUGGCAGUGCUCAUUCGGCAUCAGUUGUAGGGCACGGCGCAUGCAGGCGGCUACUGUAUUGCUGCAGAUGCUCUGCUCUUGGUGCUGCACUAAUGUGCGACAAUGCAUUUGAUGUUGAUAUUUUCCAUGACGACACAUCAAGUACAGUACUAGCCUCAUUUAAUUGCAGCAUCUACAUCUACCCAAUACUCGACGCCCAUCAAUCUCUCAUGGCGCGCGGCAAUUGCCCCGAAAACAUUGAUGCCCCCCAUCCAACCAUUGCUUUCUCUCGGACUUAUCCGUCUGCCGCAAAGUGUGAUGCCAUCGCCAAGUAAGAACACCUGCAGCCAGUCAGUAAGUAAGGCUCAUCCGAUACUAGCCAGCAAAGCAUAGCAAAAAAGCACACCGAAGCAAAAGGCGAAGUAUGUACAGCACAGCACAGGCAGCAUCCUCAUCGGAACAGAAAACUUUGGAGCUAACCCAGAAGCAUCUUGGCGAAAG